AUGGAUAGUUUUACCAACUCGAGUCUUCUUCUCAACCACAGCACGCCUAACAUCACGGUCGUGAUGUUUAGUAAAUUUCAAGGGUGUGAAGGGCAUUUAUCUGGCCUCCUGUUCUACUACAGCGUGAAGGUCUUCAAUUUUGUGAUUGGUCUGCCGGCCAACCUGAUGGUGGUGGGGCUCGUCCUGCGGAAGACGAGGGACUCCUCCACCUCUGACAUCUUCAUCAUGAACCUCGCCGUCUUUGAUUCAUUCUUCUGCCUGAUGACUCCGAUCGAGCUGGCGAACAGACUGUUCCUGAACGACAUGCAUGUUUGGUACUUCCAGAGGUUCUCCUACGGGGUAAAAGACAGCUCCCCGCUGUUCCUCACCUGCAUCUGCCUGGACCGCUACAUGGCCGUGGUGCACCCCAUCACCUUCACCAAGAUCAAAGACCGCAGUUACAGAGCCGUCUGUGCUGCUGUGGUGUGGGCGUUCAUGGUGGCCUAUUCCCUCACGAAGUCCAUCCUUGGGAUCCAGAGUGUAGAUCAGGCAUUCACGAUCUUCAUACUGUCUGUCUUUGCAGUGAUGCUGUUCUGUAACCUCUCCAUCCUGCGGGCUCUGAGACAGUCUGUGCUGGGCAGGGAUGAGAUGCACCCCAUGAAGAAGAAGGCCUUUAAGAUGGUUCUGAUCAUCCUGGGUAUCAUCGUGUUUAAUUACCUCCCCCCAGUCGCCCUCUUUCCCUUCCAGUACCACUUCCCUCCUAACGAUUACAAGUGUUACGUUAGUCUGAUAUUAUUCUCCUUUAUGGAUCUGAGCUGCAGUAUAGAGCCCGUGCUCUAUCUUUCGAAAAUGGAAACGGUACCAUUUUUGCCUAAAUCGGUCAGUAUGGUGUGCUGCUCCACGAAGGCCCAUUGUCCGUAA